AUGGACCAAGCUCGGGCCACGGUCGAAUAUCUUCCACCCCCAACCGAGGUGUUCCGAAUUCUUCAAGAGUCAGGCGAUCGCAUUCCGAUUUUCAGAUCCGAAGGUGUCAUUGCUUGUGGACAGCCUCGUGCAUCAGCCCGUAAGAACACAACAGUCCAAGACCUUGAGGGGUUGCUCUCGAAGUUUGAAGGAUGUAAAUCCUCGCCUCUCAGCCGCAGCUGUGUAUACGCAUACCGUCGCUUCAGAGUAACUACGAAUAAGCUAUCGGGUAUUGCAGGGAACAUGGUCGAUUAUAUCCCUUACGAGCAAGCGCUCUGCGGCUCAGGCAAUCUCUCGGACUUGGAACCUAAUAUGAACCAGCAAAUUUGGACGUAUGGCCAUCGUCGUCAACCACACCGGCCCACUGAUGGUCGUCAGAGCCUGCAGAUCAAGAACUCUACUCACCACCGCAGGCUACAAAAGGCGGUGACUGAUUUGAAAGCAAUACUGCUAGGCGACUUUGUCCUCUUGAUGGAGUCUCUCGGAUACGAGACGAAGCUGGAUGUCAUCAAACAACGCUGGCGCCUCGUUGGGUGGGUCGUAUCGGCUCAUAUCUUGUGUCACUUGCACGGUCCGAUUGAGAUACCAAUUUCGUCCAGUCAUUAA